AUGGUCGAGCUGGUCUUCAAGAUGGCUUCUCCUUCUUCCUUUGCGUAUCCAGUUGAGCUGCGUCCAUGUGCCAAGUCCCUCCAUGCUCCUCACGUCCCAUAUGCUCCAGAAUGCUCCAAAAGACCUAUUUCAAAGGACCAAACAUGCAUAUUGCCCCCCAAAGAACUGGGAGGCAGGUCGUGGUCUGGAGAUGGUAGACGGCCAUCAGGAGCACUCCACUCGACUGGGUUGCCUCACUCGAUCGAGCUUGCGGCUCCUCUUCUUCCUCCUUCAUUGAAGUGUGUGUGGCUUCCUUGGCCUUGGUGGAGCAUGGCUAGCUCGACUGUCCAUAGGGGUUCCAUCUCUGAGGGUCUCCUGGUAAGGCGUUGGAUCGUACUCAAAUCCGGAUCUCAAACUGGGGCUCCUCCAGGUCAACUCGACCGUCAGCUCGAUCGAGUUGAGUUUCCUCUGUUUGGACUCGAUCGAGUCCGGUGGUCGAGCUGGAGCGUCUGGCCUUGGAACUCUUCCUCCUUCUCUGCGUGUUGUCUUCUCCUUCCCUUGGCUCGAAAGAAGAGGCUCUGUGAGGCUCUUGGGCAGGGAGCCUCCUUGGAGUGCACUCAGGCUCACCCAAAUCCGCACUCUCCUGGACUGAUCCUCAGCUUGACUCAGCUCGAUCCUCAGCUCGAUCGAGCUCAGGCUCCUCUUCUCGCAAAUCAUCUUCAUGCCCAACUAAGUGUACACAGGGGGUCUGAAGUCAAUGUUCUCACCCCUGACUACUGUGGUGAGCUCUGGGUUGGGCAGGAGAAGCUUGGAGGGCCAGCCAAUGGAUGUGUGAACUUGAAUUGGAACCUCCCAUCCAACUCCUUGUGCUCAAUGAGAAGGUUGGUCUUGCAAAACUUGAUGUCCAUCCAACCUGGUUCAGUGGCUCUCUUAUCAGUUGGGUUCACUCCAGCAGCACACAAGAUAGGUGUGAUGAGCCCUCCAACACUUAGCGCCUCCCUCGUUGAUGUCUAG